GAGCGUGUAAGCUGGCAACAGAGAGUCCGAGCUGGUCUAGGCCAAGUCUAGUGUGACAUAACCCUAACCCCGACGGCCACCUCCAGUCAGCGUAAGUACACAUCCAGGACAGGCAAUCAGGGCAAUCAUCCCAACGGCCCCGUCCCAGCCCUCAUCAGCAACGCCGUGCACAAAUGAGAUGCUCAAGACGGCACUGCCACGAGCCCCUUGAAUCAUCUACACAUUGGUGAAGCUGGAAACGAAUAGAAAAUAACGCACCACCAACGCAACUAGCAAUACGACACGGCAGUCCAUCCGUGUCGCCUUCCUCAUCCAGUGCUCACACGCUUCCGUCAGCCUUCUCAGUCGGUGUGUGUAAGGUGUGAGAUGAAGUCGUCGCCAACAUGACCGUAUUUGCCCUUAUCAUCAUCAACAAGGCUGGAGGCCUGAUCUACAACAAGACGUUCUACGAGGCCGGGCUGAACAAGAUCAGCACCAAUGACUACCUCGUCCUCGCAGGGACCUUUCACGGAGUCCACGCCAUCACAUCGCGACUAAACCCCGUCAAGAACCCGGCCAACCGGGCCUCUGCCUCGGCGGGCGGCAUGUUGACGCGGCCCGACCCGCCGUCGGGCCUCGAGGUGCUCGAGUCGGAGAACUUCCGGCUGCAGUGCUUCACCACGCUGACGGGCGUCAAGUUCCUGCUCUUCACCGACACCACGCAGGCCAACGUCGACCAGACUAUCAGGCGCGUCUACGACAUGUACUCGGACUACGUCAUGAAGAACCCCUUCUACCAGCUCGAGAUGCCCAUCCGCUGCGACAUGUACGACCGGAAGCUCUUGUCGUACAUCCGGGAGAUCAACAAUAGGUAACUGAUCAGGAGCGGGUCCUCUAGGAGGGGAGGGCGGCUUGGAGCAGAUGUCUUUACGAGCAGGCAUCAUCAAAUACCUUGGGAAUUACUUGGCGUUUAGGGAAAUGUCGUGGGAAAUGUGUCGUGGAGUUCUCGGUG